UAUUGAAAAAUUUUGGAUCGCCAAAGUCCGACUUAAGUCCAGGUUUCCAGAGACCCUAAAAUAUCCUGCGAUCCUAAUGGGUUUGGUAUCAGUUUAUUUCCCCCACAUUUGUGUUUCGAAUGCUGAAAACCGCAGGUUGAUAGCUGCUUCCGUUCUCGAGAUAUUCAAAAAAUACUCGCGUUCAUCGUAUUUUGGCGGCGACAGUAGUUAUUGGGAUAGUUCAAUAGUGACCAAUGAGCAUCAUUUAAUGUCAUAGGCAACCUAUAUUUUUAAUGAUAUUGGUAAAAUAGUCUAUAUUAGUAAUUUUUUUUAAAAUCAAUGGAAAUCAGUCUGUCUUAUAUGUCAUUAGAUGUAACUUUUUAAGCUCUACAAAACCCUGUAUUCAGUUUUUUUAAAUGAUGAAUUUCACAAUUCCGGCCGGGUCCUUUGUUAUUUCAUUCUGCUCUACCUCUAGUGUAGUGUGCUGCCGUUGGUGACACCAUAUCCCAUGGGGGAAACAGCGGACUUUUGGACUUGAAGUUACUUUGGGCUACGUUGAGCUACUUUAAGCUACUUCAAGUUACUUUCAGCUACUUCAAGUAGCUUACUUUGAGGUAAUUUUCGACUUCAAAUUUACUUCAAGUCACUUGAAAUUACUUUAAGCCACUUGUUUCUGCUUUGGGCUACUUGGGUGAUACUUUGAGCUACUUCAAGUAGUCUACUUUGACAUACUUUAGCGUACUUUUCUACUUCAAGUCCGCUGUUUCCCCCUUGCCAUGUCCUAACAAAUGUUUUGACAUUUGGAUCAAUUAUCACCAAGUCCAAAUCAAAUCAAGACCUAUGGCCAAGCCUGGGCUACAGAUUCAAAGUCGAGCAGAAAUACUCGUUAAAAAAUUCAAACCUAAAUCCAAACAUAGCACAUAAGUUCAAAUCCAAAUCCCAAAAGUUUGAUGCCAAACCCAAAUUUACCUGGUAAUUUCUCGUAUCUCUAUUUGAAAUACUAAUAAAGACGAUCAACAAUCUAAAGAACAAAUGUAUACAACUAUGGGGAAAGAGGGAUAACCGCACAAGGAGGAGAAUUAAAGAGCACAAGGCUUGUUUUCCAUGUAGCCAAGCUUCAGACAUAACCUCAUCAUCUUCAUGCUACAGAUCGACGAUUUGUAUAAAGAUACCGAGUAUCUCCUUAUGAGAAAUCAUCAUUAAGAAGGUGUACUUGUACUUUUAAGUCAGCCAUUUACUCUAAUAAGUACACUGACACAGAUUCUGUGUAUAGCAUUAUUCGAGAGUAUCACACUAAGAGCACCUUGUUCUUCAAGGAUGCAAUACAAAUAUUUUUUUAAAUUGUACCCUUAAGAGAAGAAUACGAGGGCUACAAUUUGUUAUGGUUUUAUUCGAAAUGACCAUACAGAUCUUAGGGAAACUGGCAUCCUAGAAGUUCACAAUUCGUACAAAUACAUGAUGAUAAGUCACAACUUCAGUGAAUACUAUGUAUAUACAUGUCUCCUACCUUGCUUUAUCGAACACUGAAAACUGUAGCUUAGUAGCUAGAAGUAUUCAAAAGUCAUCUAAAAAGUGGUUGUUAGUACUUUCAAAAAAUACGACAUUCGUAGCCAAAAUCAAAAGGGGACGAAUCCCAAUCCUAUACGCCCACGUUCUUUCCUUAAAGUUACACUGGAAUAUUAAAAAGUUCGUUCCACUACUUGUGAAAUAUAAAAAAUACAUCUGAUAUCGUGACUGUUUCCAUAAACAUAGCAGUGACUUCAACGACCUCAUCGUCAUCUUCAUCGACCUCAACCUCAACCUCAACGAGUUCAUCUACGCCGACCUCAACGAGUUCAUCUACGUCGACCUCAACGAGUUCAUCUACGUCGACCUCAACAAGUUCAUCUACAUCGACCUCAACGAGUUCAUCUACAUCGACCUCAACAAGUUCAUCUACGUCGACCUCAACAAGUUCAUCUACGUCGACCUCAACAAGUUCAUCUUCGUCGACCUCAACGAGCUCAUCCUCAUCUUCAUCCACCUCAACGAGUUCAUCUUCGUCGACCUCGACGAGCACUACAACAACAAUAA